CUUUUCCCAAUCGUCGGUUCUGGCCAUAGCGAGCCUCCGCCACCUUGCCGCCUGAGCUCUGUGUUCCCCCCUCGGCCGCGAUGACCACAGCACUCUCCCCCGGGGCUGACAUGCCCAUGCGGUCGCAAUCCGUUCGGACACGCCGGCCACCGACGGCAUCGCGCCCUGAACCCCUUCCACGGUCCGAGUCAUCGACACGAGCCGAAGCAUCGCGCCCCCACCGCCGCAGCAGCCAGCGCUCGACGACGGGUGCGGCGCAGUCCCCACGGCAUCCGCCGUCCGACGUGCCCGCUCCCGCCGCCGAGGAGCCCCACGACAGGGCCGCCGCCAACGCCGCCGCCGCCGAUCAUUACGCGCAGCGUCCGUCCAAGCACAGGUAUCGCACCGUCAUCCCCGCCCCGUCAGGCAACUAUGCCUUCAUCAAGACGAUCGGCCAGGGGAGCAUGGGCAAAGUCAAGCUGGCCAGGAAGGAGGGCACAAACGAGCUGGUCGCCUGUAAGAUCAUCGACAGGGUGUCGCCCGAUGACGGACGGCUGAGCAGAGAAGAGCGAGAGCGGGCCGACGCCGCCCGGGAGGAUCGCAACGCCCGCGAGGCUGCCAUCGUCAGCCUGCUGAACCAUCAAUACAUCUGCGGCCUGCGCGAUAACCUGCGGACACGAUGGCACUGGUACAUGCUCUUUGAGUAUGUCAACGGUGGCCAGAUGCUCGACUACAUCAUCUCCCACGGAAAGCUCAAGGAGAAGCAGGCCAGGAAGUUUGCGCGCCAAAUAGCGAGUGCCGUCGACUACUGUCACCGAAAUAGCAUCGUCCACCGGGACCUGAAGAUUGAGAACAUCUUGAUUAGCAAGACGGGCGACAUCAAGAUUAUCGACUUUGGCCUCAGCAAUCUCUUCUCGCCCGACGAGGAUAGGAAGCUCAAGACGUACUGUGGCAGUCUCUACUUUGCCGCUCCGGAGCUGCUCCAGGCGAGACCAUACACGGGUCCCGAGGUCGAUGUGUGGAGCUUCGGCGUCGUUCUGUUUGUGCUCGUCUGCGGCAAGGUGCCGUUCGACGACCAAUACAUGCCCGCUCUCCACCAGAAGAUCAAAAAGGGCGAAGUCGACUAUCCCAAUUGGCUGUCUAGCGAGUGCAAGCACCUCAUUUCCAGGAUGCUGGUUACGGACCCGAAACAACGCGCGACCAUGCACGAGGUCAUGAACCACCCAUGGAUGCUCAAAGGGUAUAAUGGCCCUCCCGAGAACUUUCUUCCGCACCGCGAGCCCCUGAAACUGCCGCUCGACGAGGAGGUCAUCGCCCAUAUGACGGGAUUCAAGUUUGGCCCCCCGGAGUACAUCCGCGAGGAAUUAACCAAGAAGAUCACGUCACCAAAGUACCAAGCAGCGGUGCGACGCUUGGAGAAGGAGAGGGAGCAGCCACAACCGAACCCCCAGGGUACGGAGAAGCGACGCGGUUUUGGCUUCGAUUUCUAUAAGAGGCGAAACUCGAUUACCAGCAAGGAGACCUUGACCAACGGUAGCUCCGAUGGGCUACCCAUCGGUGAUGAUCCGCUCAACGCGUUCGAUCCCAUGAUUUCCGUCUACUAUCUCGUCCGGGAGAAGUUCGAGCGCGAGCGGCAAGAGGCGCAAGCCGCCCAACCCGCAGUUCCACCCAAGGUGCAACAGGUCCCGCCGUCAUCUCCGCAACAAGCGCAGGCGCCGCCACCCGUUCCGCCAUCACCGAUCGCGCGGCACAAGGAGAAGCAUUCGCUUGCCGAGAUCGUGCCUCCGCAACCAGCACACACGGAGAACAGCCGGACGCGACACAGGGCCAGGUCGCAUAGCGAAGACCAGGUUCGGGAGCCGGUCCAGAACGGCUUGCUCUCGCCGGACAUGGUGCCGACGAAGAAGGGCGGCAACGGCCCCGUUUCCCUCCUCCGCAGACUCAGCACGCGCGACAGGAGGAAAGAGCCGUCCGACGGCAAAACCAUCUCGCUACAGAAAUCCGUCUCCAAGCGAGCCAAGUCCCUCGGCCACGCCCGCCGGGAGAGCAUCCAGGCGCGCCGCGCCAGGCGCGAGGCGGAGGCGCGCGAUCAGCCGCAGACCCCCCAUACACCCCAUCAGGAGCCCCCCCUCCGGGAAGAGACGGACGCCGAGCUCGGCCUCGAAGGCGAAGGCGAAGGCGGAGAGACCAGCGGCGGCUCCAACGAGCGGCUCGAGCCCGAGGACCCGGACCUCGCCAAGCCCGUGUACCUCAAGGGCAUCUUCAGCGUGUCGACGACGUCGACCAAGCCGCUGUCCGAGAUCCGCGCCGACAUCAAGCGCGUGCUCAAGAUGCUCGGCGUCGACUACACCGAGAUCAAGGGCGGCUUCAGCUGCACCCACGCGCCAAGCAUCGCCGAGGAGGAGAGGUACCACUCGCCCUCGCGCGGCGAGGAGCGCGUGGCCGACGGCGAGAUCCGCUUCGAAGUGCUCAUCGUCAAGGUCCCCAUCGUCAGCCUGCACGGCGUGCAGUUCAAGCGGCUAGGGGGCGAUACGUGGCAGUACAAGGCCACGGCAGAACAGAUCGUAAGGAAGCUGAGGUUGUAGGCAGAGCGGGAGGUUGGCGCCCCCCGGGGGGGGGGGGGGGGGAGGCACGGGGUGAAACGUUCAUGUCUCGGAUUGAGGCGAGCGGAGGAGGAGGAGGAGAGGGGAGAGAGGGGUACGUAUAACAAGGGAGGGCCAUCAAAGAUGUUUUACAUUUCAGUGCGUGUCAUGUUAGGCUGGUCAUGGCUUUUGUCCAGUCCUGAUGAUGCUGGGGGGUUGUGUCUUUUCAGACCUGAACCUUUUUAUUAUGCUAACUAGUAUUUAAUGCUGAGCUUGUGAUGCCUCCCUUCAUCUUGCGGUACCCGGCCUCGAGAGCUAUCGAGUUUUUGCACGAAGCAUGUCUAGAGAAGAG